AUGCCUUAACACAGACCAACCUUGAAACCCUACUGUUUCUCUUCUUCUUCCCAGUUCAAUACCUCCAUUACUUCUGAUCUGUGCUGUCCUGAAUCGUUAAGAUUUCUUCUUUUAACCAUGAAUCGUGUUCUGGGUUUUCUGUUCUUAUUGGGUCUCUCUUCAAUUGCUUUUGCGGAAGAGAAGUUCGAUUCUCACCUUCCGAGACCAUUAAUCCUCGAAUACCCUGAAACCCAUGAAACUCAAUUGAAAGGAUUGGAUUAUGAUGAGCUACAGUUACAGUGUUCGAGCUGGAGGUUUGCAGUUGAGGCUAAUAACCUAAACCCAUGGAAGACGACCCCGCCCGAAUGCGCUGACUAUGUGAAGGAUUACAUGACAAGCAAAGCUUACACUUUUGAUCUGGAGAGGGUUUCCAUAGAAGCGGGUACUUACGCGAGGAGUCUUCAGCUCACUGGAGAUGGGAUGGAUGCCUGGAUUUUCGAUAUCGAUGAGACACUGCUCUCAAAUCUUCCGUAUUAUACCGACCAUGGGUUCGGUUUAGAGGUUUUUGAUGGGCGUGAGUUUGAUAAAUGGGUGGAAAAAGCUGCUGCUCCUGCCAUAGAGUCAAGUUCGCAGUUGUAUAAAGACGUUUUGGGGUUGGGAUUCAAGGUCUUCUUGUUGACGGGGCGGAGUGAAAAGCAGAGGAGUGUUACUGUUGAAAAUUUAAGAAAUGCAAGAUUUCAGGAUUGGGACAAGCUUAUAUUGAGAGCCUUGGAGGACCAUGGAAAAACCGCAACUCUAUACAAGUCAGAGAGGAGGAGCGAGAUGGUGAAAGAAGGAUAUAGAAUUCUGGGGAACUCUGGAGACCAAUGGAGUGAUUUACUUGGUUACACCAUAUCAAAUCGUUCCUUCAAGCUUCCAAAUCCCAUGUACUAUAUUCCCUGAUAAGAAUGACAGAAGCAAACUUUUCAAUUUUUAUCAAAAACCCAUUUAUAACUGUAGUCAGCUAUCUGACUCCUAUCAAGUGUAAAUCAUAUAAACUCCAACAUAUCAUUGUGUAAGUAAUUU